AUGGCUGCCCGUUUGCUGUUUGAUGUUAACCUUGGCAGACGACACAAGAAAACAAGAGUUUACAGACAUUUUAAUCACGAUUUCAAUGACAGUGAAUACAAAGAAAGGUAUAGGUUUAGUAAAGAGUCAGUUAAGUUCAUCACUGAUCUACUAGAACCCGAGUUGUGCCGUCCAACAUUGCGCUCAUAUUCCUUGUCAGCUCUCAGUCAGGUCGAGAUGGCUCUACGAUAUUACGCUACAGGUGAUAACAUGAAAACUAUAGGCGAUACAAUGGGUUUCCACAAGUCAAGUGUUUCUCGAAGUAUCCAGGAUGUAUCCCAAGCCCUGACCGAUUUGGCCUCACGUUUUAUAAAGUGGCCAUCCACAGAAGGAGAGAAGUCCAACAUCAAGAAGGGCUUUUAUGCCAUUGCCAAAUUCCCUGGUGUGAUUGGUGCUAUCGAUGGUACCCACGUCCGCAUCAUGGGCCCCAGUGAGCAUGAGCCCGUGUAUGUGAACCGGAAAGGCUUCCAUUCAAUAAACACACAGGCCAUAUGUAAUCAUGAAGGCCGAUUUAUCAACAUUGUUGCCAAGUGGCCAGGGUCCAACCAUGAUUCUUUUAUUUUUCGAGAAUCAAAUAUUGGAACAUAUUUCGAAGCGCAUCAUAAAGGGAUUGAUGUGGAUGGACUACUGAUUGGUGACAGUGGAUAUGCAUGCAGCAAAUAUCUGGUGACUCCCUUUCUACGACCCACGACUGAGUCUCAGAUGAAAUACAAUGAUGCACAUACACACACAAGGGCAGUGAUUGAGCGAAGUUUCGGGUGGCUGAAGCGACGAUUUAUGGUCCUUCAUGGAGAAAUUAGAUGUAAACCGGAUCGUGAUGCAAAAAUAAUUGUAGCUUGUGCUGUGCUGCACAACAUUGCUUUAGAGAGGAAAGAUUGUAUGGAUGAUUUGGAGUGUGAACAUUCAGAUGAGCCACAUGUUUCAGAUAAUAUUGUAGUGGAACCAAGAAACAACAAUGUCAGACAGUUCAUUGUUCAAAAUUAUUUUUAA